GGAGGAGGCGGCGCAAUACAGUACACCACGUACAAGUCACUGAAAUGGCUCGGAAAAUGGACUCGCCAUUAUCAGGGCAGCAAAACCGCAGCUACUCUAGCUGAAAAGGGGAGGUGCCUCCUGCACCGGGCUCCAGGGGUCACCGUACCCAAAACCUUCUGGGUCUGGUGCACAGGAAGCCGCUCGCCCCAUUCACCAGAUUCAAGAGACAGGUCCAGCGGAGUCGCUGCAGCGAUGGGGACCGCCACAGGUACAGGCUACUUCCAGAGGGGGAGCCUGUUCUGGUUGACAGUCAUCACCGUCUCCUUCAGCUACUACACGUGGGUUGUCUUCUGGCCUCAAAACAUCCCUUAUCAGAGCCUUGGUCCCCUGGGUUCCUUUACAAAGUACUUGGUGGACCACCAUCACACCCUCCUAAGGAAUGGGUAUUGGCUUGCUUGGCUAAUUCAUCUGGGAGAGUCCUUUUAUGCCAUGGUAUUAUGCAAGCAUAAAGGAAUCACAGAUGGCCAGGCCCGGCUCCUCUGGUUCCUACAGACUUUCCUCUUAGGCUUCUCUUCUCUUUCCAUCCUGGUUGCUUACAGACCAAAGCGCCAAAAACACAAUUAAAGGAGAUAUGAUGUUUCUUCUAUUUUCUCAAACUCUCCUUUCUGUGGGUCCUGGUUUUGGUGAUGACCACUCUGUUCUAGGCAGUGUCCGUCAUAGAAACCUGUCUAAGACCCUCUAGUUACACUUACUUGGAUGCUCUGACCAACCUUGGAUAGACCAAUUGUUGCUUAAGAAAGAAAGAAGAAAAAAGAGAAAGAAAGAAGGAUCCUGCCCUCCCAGCUCUGCAGACUGCCUGCUUGAGAAGACCUUAGGUCCCUUUCCUGAGGUCCUUGGCUGAGGCACUUUCUUUUUGUGUCUUUUGGCUAAGGCACAAACUAAAAUUUUUUUUGUGG